ACAUCAUGGGACUGUGCAGCUACACUUGUUAACAGCAGAGUUUUGGGGCUCAGAUUCUUUAGAUAUGGCGACAGAAACCAUCGCCCCUGACUGGGAAUUCGACCGUUUUGAUGACGGUUCACAAAAAAUCCACACAGAAGUCCAACUAAAGAACUACUCCAGGUUUCUUGAGGAGUACACGUCUCAGCUGAAGGGCAUUGAGGAGGCAUUGGAUGACGCUAUUGGAGAUGUGUGGGACUUUACAUUGGACCCUAUUGCCUUAAAGCUUCUCCCAUAUGAGCAGUCCUCUCUUCUGGAGUUAAUCAAAACAGACAACAAGGUUUUGAAUAAAGUUAUCACCGUCUACGCAGCACUUUGUAGUGAAAUAAAAAAGUUGAAGUAUGAGGCAGAGACCAAGUUUUACAAUGGAUUACUGUUUUACGGAGAGGGAGUUUCCGAUGCUUGUGUUAUUGAAGGAGAGUCCCAAAUUCAAAUGGGACGAUUUAUCUCUUUCCUUCAGGAACUAUCCUGUUUCGUAUCAAGAUGUUACGAAGUUGUGGUUAAUGUGGUCCACCAGCUGGCUGCACUUUACAACAGCAAUAAAGGUGCAACAAAAAUCAUUGAGUCUUCUGGUGUCCAUUUUCAAAUUGUUUAUGAGCACCUCGGAGAGCUCUUGGUGGUACUCCUCACACUCGAUGAAAUUAUGGAAAAUCAUGGUACACUAAAAGAACAUUGGAAGAUGUAUAAGAGAUUAUUGAAGUCUGUGCACCACAACCCCGGGAAAUUCUCAAUCCCUGAAGACAAACUGAAACCUUUUGAGAAGCUGCUGCUGAAACUCGAGGGGCAACUUUUAGAUGGCAUGAUACUUCAGGCUUGUGUGGAGCAGAGAUUUGAUGAUCCUGGAGAGGGCGUUGCUGUUGCCAAAAAUAGUGCCUUUGCUGAAGAGUUUGCCCUUAACAUCCGCAAUAUUUUCACCAGCAUUGAGUCCAAGAUUGGAGAGCCUUCUGAGAUCGACCAGAGAGAUAAAUAUGCAGGAGUUUGCAGUUUAUUUGUUCUUCAUUUCCACAUCUUCAGGAGUGUUGACAAAAAGCUCUACAAAUCCCUGCUCGAUGUUUGUAAAAAGGUACCGGCUGUCACGUUGACCGCCAACAUAAUUUGGUUUCCUGACAAUUUUCUUGUAUCAAAAGUCCCGGCUGCGGCGAAGCUGAUUGAUAAGAAAAGUAUUCAAUCGAUUAAAGCACAAAGAGACACAUACCUGCAGCAAAGAGCCCAAACCCUCUCCAAGGAUGUUCAGUCCUACUAUGUUUUUGUAACUUCUUGGAUGAUGAAAAUGGAGUCCAUCUUGUCCAAAGAGCACAAAAGUGACAAGUUGGUAGAAGACCUCAACAGCAGGUGUAAUGUGUUUUUACAGGGUAUCCUGUAUGCAUACAGCAUCAGCACCAUCAUCAAGACGACCAUGAAUAUGUACAUGUCGAUGCAGCGGCCCAUGACAAAAGCCUCCGUCAAAGCCCUGUGUCGACUGGUGGAACUUCUAAAGGCAGUGGAGCACACGUUCUAUCGACGCUCUAUUGUCGGAGCAGACUCGGUAUCACACAUCAGUCAGCAGCUGCAGUCUCAGGCCCUUAAUGCCAUCAAUGUCGCAAAGAAAAGAGUCAUCUCAGACAAAAAGUACAGUGAGCAGCGCCUCGACGUCCUCUCCUCUUUGGUACUUGCGGAAAAUGCACUCAGUGGCCCAAGCACAAAAGAGCGCCGCCUUGUGGUGGCGCUGGCUCUGUGUGUUGGUACGCAGUUGAAAACAUUCAAAGAUGAGGAGCUUCUUCCAUUGCAACUGGUGCUCAAGAAAUUGGAUCUAAUCAGUGAGCUGAGUGAAAGAGUUAAACUGCAGUGUGACUGUAGUUUCCUCUACUGGCACAGAGCUGUAUUUCCCAUCUAUUUGGACGAUGUGUACGACAACGCGGUGGAUGCAGCGAGGAUACACUACAUGUUUAGUGCCCUGAGAGACAGCGUUCCUUCAAUGAUGCACGCCAAACACACAGAGUCAUGUGAGCAGCUUCUACAGAGCUACGAUAAAGAGAUCAUGGAGGUUUUUAGUGAGCACCUACUGGACAAACUGUGUAAAGAGAUCGAGAAGGACUUGCGUCUCUCUGUUCACACUCACCUGAAGCUCGAUGACAGAAACCCAUUCAAAGUCGGCAUGAAGGACCUCGCUCACUUCUUUUUUCUCAAACCCAUUCGCUUUUUUAACAGAUUCAUUAAUAUCAAAGCGUACGUGACACAUUACCUGGAUAAAACGUUCUACAACUUGACGACUGUUGCUCUGCACGACUGGGCCACGUACAGCGAAAUGAGAAAUCUAGCCACGCAAAGAUAUGGACUCACUAUGACCGAGGCGCAUCUCCCCAGUCAGACCCUGGAACAGGGUCUGGAUGUUUUGGAGAUCAUGAGGAACAUCCAUGUGUUUGUCUCACGCUACCUUUACAACCUCAACAACCAGAUCUUUAUUGAAAAAGCCAGUAACAACAAACACCUGAACACGAUCAACAUCCGGCACAUUGCAAACUCCAUCAGGACCCACGGCACCGGCAUAAUGAACACCACCGUGAACUUCACCUACCAGUUUCUGCGCAAGAAGUUCUACAUCUUCAGUCAGUUCAUGUACGACGAGCACAUCAAGUCCAGACUCAUCAAAGACAUUCGCUUCUUCAGAGAAACAAAGGACCAGUCCGAUCAGAAGUAUCCGUUUGAACGAGCAGAGAAGUUUAACCGCGGCAUAAGGAAACUCGGUAUUACACCUGACGGCCAGAGUUACUUGGACCAGUUCAGACAACUCAUCAGCCAGAUUGGUAAUGCGAUGGGUUAUGUACGAAUGAUCCGUUCAGGAGGGCUCCACUGUUGCAGCAGCGCCAUAAGGUUUGUCCCGGAUUUGGAGGAUAUUGUAAACUUUGAGGAGCUGGUAAAGGAAGAGGGAUUGUCUGCCGAAACCCAGAGAGCUGCUAGUGUUCUAGAUUCCGUGUUGGGAGAUCUGACCAGUAAUUCUGCCGAGGGGACGGAGUAUUUCAAGAUGCUGGUGGCAGUGUUUGCACCGGAGUUUCGCAGUGCAAAAAACAUGCAUCUGAGGAACUUCUACAUGAUCGUACCUCCUCUGACUGUGAAUUUUGUUGAGCAUUCCAUCAGCUGCAAAGAGAAACUUAACAAGAAAAAUAAAACCGGAGCGGCCUUUACAGACGACGGUUUUGCGAUGGGUGUGGCCUACAUUCUGAAGCUGCUGGACCAGUACCUGGAGUUCGACUCACUGCACUGGUUUCAUUCUGUCAGAGAUAAAUACAAGAAGGAAAUGAGCGCUGUGGUGAAGGAGCAGAGCGUCCAGGCGACUAGUCAGGACGAAAAACUAUUACAGACAAUGAACCUCACACAGAAGAGAUUAGACGUUUAUCUCCAGGAGUUUGAGCUGUUGUACUUCUCCCUGAGCAGUGCCAGGAUAUUCUUCAGAGCCGACAAGACGGCAGCAGAAGAGACUCAGGAGAAGAAAGAUAAAGAAGCCUCCAAAGCAGAACAUUCAAGCAGCUCAACUGUUCCUGAAACUUCAAAAUGACCUGAAUGUUGACAUCAUAAAUGUUACUACAAGGGUUAAACCAGCAUUUUGUUGCCAAAACCAUGACAAAGGGGGUCCUUUGUUGUUAAAAUAUAAAUGUGAAAAAGCUAUUAGAAUGUACUUAAUUACAGUAUGUGUACAUGUUACACACUGUUUGUGUAACCCAAACUUUGAUAAUGUCACUUCCAUGAACUUGGCUUUUUAUAAAAUUGUUUUACUGUAGCAUUUCAAGACCUGCGCACUUUACAGUAGAAGGUUAUGUGAUGUGAGGGGCGCAGGGUCAAACUGAGCAGCUGCUGCUAAUCAGAGGUUCAUACUUUUAUUUUAUUUGAUUUAAUUUUAUGUCUCAUUUGUGCCAUUUGGUUCUAACAGAUGUUGAACAUUUGAAUAUCUUAAUACAUGCUCAUACAUGUUCUGUUGGCACAAGUCGUGUAAAUGUGACUGUGCUGACGUCAGUAAUGGUCUACAUUUGUAUGUUCAGUCAUUCCAAAUCUAAAAUAAUAAAUGCAUUUUUAACAGAUUUCUGUUUGUGAUUAAAUGAAAUAGAAAAAUCAUGUGAGUAAAGCAUUUUCAUCUUUAAUACAAAGAAAACUUCAGAAAGUACAA